AUAAUACCAUAUCACUAACAUAGCAAACAAGCAAUGGCUAAUAACAUUUUCUUCAUUUCUUCUUUAUUUGUCUUGGUAAUAUUCACCCAAAAAAUCGAUGCGGUAGAUUACUCUGUCACCAAUACGGCUGCAAACACCGCUGGUGGUGCCCGUUUCGACCGAGAUAUCGGAGCUCAAUAUAGUCAGCAAACACUCGUAGCUGCCACUUCCUUCAUAUGGAACAUCUUCCAACAGAAUUCUCCGGCUGACCGCAAAAAUGUUCCAAAAGUAAGCAUGUUUGUAGAUGACAUGGACGGAGUAGCUUACGCUAGCAACAAUGAGAUUCAUGUUAGUGCAAGGUACAUCCAAGGUUACUCUGGAGAUGUUAGGAGAGAGAUCACUGGAGUAUUAUACCACGAAGCCACUCAUGUAUGGCAGUGGAAUGGGAACGGUGGGGCUCCCGGAGGAUUAAUUGAAGGAAUUGCUGAUUAUGUGAGGCUCAAAGCUGGUCUUGGGCCAAGCCACUGGGUGAAACCUGGCCAGGGCAAUCGUUGGGACCAAGGCUACGAUGUAACCGCUCAAUUUCUUGAUUACUGCAACAGUUUGAGAAAUGGGUUCGUGGCAGAACUUAACAAGAAAAUGAGAAAUGGCUAUAGUGAUCAGUUCUUUGUUGACUUACUAGGGAAGACGGUUGAUCAACUUUGGAGUGAUUACAAGGCUAAAUUUGGGGCAUAACUUAAGAAAUCCAAAUUAAAUCGAAAAUGAGAAACAUCAUCUAUUGCCUUUGUACCAAUAUUACACGUAUUUGUGUUAUGGUCUUGUACUCUUGUUGAAGAUAUUGUAGUAACAAUAAUAAUAAUAUUAAUAAAAAUAAGCAUUACUACAAGUUA